AUGAGAGCAGACCUCCAGCACCUAACGCUCACCUUUAGCACUGAGCGCGCAUCUCCAGCACAGAACGCUCACCUCCAGCACCGAGGGCGCAUCUCCAGCACAGAACGCUCACCUCCAGCACCGAACGCUUACCUCCAGCACCGAGUGCACAUCUCCAGCACCGAACGCUCACCUCCAGCACCGAGUGCGCAUCUCCAGCACCGAACGCUCAUUUCCAGCACCGAACGCUCACCUACAGCACCGAACGCUCACCUCCAGCACCGAGCGCGCAUCUCCAGCACCGAACGCGCAUCUCCAGCACCGAGCGCUCACCUCAAGCACCGAUCGCACAUUUCCAGCAAUGAGAGCACACCUCUAGCACCGAACGCUCAUUUCCAGCACAGAACGCUCACCUCCAGCACCAAACGCUCACCUCCAGCACCGAGCGCGCAUCUCCAGCACCGAACGCUCACCUCCAGCACCGAACGCUCAUUUCCAGCACCGAACGCUCACCUCCAGCACCAAACGCUCAUUUCAAGCACCGAACGCUCAUUUCCAUCACCGACCGCGCACCUCCAGCACCGAACGUUCAUCUCCAGCAUCGAACGCUCAUUUACAGCACCGAACGCACACCUACAGCACCGAACGCUCAUCUCCAGCACCGAACGCUCAUCUCCAGCCCCGAACGCACACCUCCAGCACCGAACCCACAUCUCCAGCACCGACCGCUAA